AUGGAUGACGCGCUGAGUAUGUUCGACGCCUUCGCGGCCGCUACCACCAACAAGGUCUCCGACUAUGAAAACGAGGGGUUCGCCAAGGCUCCAAAGUUCGUGGAUGCUGCCCAGCACCGGCUGGCUGCGCAGGUCGUCCUGGAGAAGCUUCCCGGUGGCAAGAACUGCACUCACCAUAGGCUGAAGCCAGCGAACUAUGAGAUCCCGGAUCAGCCCACGGGGGAGCCUGCGCGCACGUAUCCCUUCACGCUUGACGAGUUCCAGAAGAAGUCCAUUGACUGUCUGGAGCGAGGGGAAAGUGUCCUUGUCUGUGCCCACACCUCCGCCGGAAAGACGGCCGUGGCCGAGUACGCCAUUGCAAUGGGCCUCCGCGACAAGAGGCGCAUCAUAUACACGAGCCCUAUCAAGGCCCUGAGCAACCAGAAGUACCGGAACUUGUGCGACGAGUUCGUCGACGUCGGGCUGAUGACGGGAGACGUGACGCUGAACCCCGACGCCUCCGUCAUGGUCAUGACCACCGAGAUUCUGAGGUCCAUGUUGUACAGAGGCAGCGAAAUCGUGCAGGAAAUGAAGUGGGUUAUUUUCGACGAGGUGCACUACAUGCGCGACGCCGAAAGAGGUGUCGUCUGGGAGGAGACCAUCAUCCUCAUACCCCAAAAGGUGCACCUGGUGUUCCUGUCAGCAACGAUACCCAAUUCUAUCGAGUUCGCCGAGUGGAUCUGCAGAAUCAAGAACAUGCCGUGCAACGUCAUUUCCACGGAUUACCGUCCCACUCCUCUGCAGCACUACAUAUAUGCGCCGCAGUCAAACGGGGUCUACCUCGUCGUGGAUGAUUCUGGCAGGUUCAGGCAGGAUGCGUUCCUGAAAGCUGUAAGCACGCUGGACUCCGUGGAGGAGGGCAGGCGCAAAAGGGGCCGCAACACGAAGGACAUCGAGUCGGUCGUUGCCAUGUGCCACGAGAAAAAAUUCACGCCGGUAAUCGUGUUCGCCUUCUCCAAAGCCGAGUGCGAGGCUAAUGCGACGGCUAUCAGGACUCUCGACAUGACUGACGAGGCGGAGAAGAACCUCAUCACCGAAAUAUACCAAAAUGCAAUGGCGACCCUUGCCGAUGACGACCGGACGUUGCCGCAGGCGGUAUUCAUGCUACCGCUGCUCAGGAAGGGGGUGGGCAUUCACCACGGAGGGCUGCUGCCGAUUAUAAAGGAGAUCAUAGAAAUUCUGUUCCAAGAGGGCCUUAUCAAGGUUCUCUUCAGCACUGAAACGUUCUCCAUGGGGGUCAACAUGCCGGCGAGAUGCGUUGUGUUCACCAGUCUCAACAAGUGGGAUGGCCAGACCAACCGGCUCAUCACGUCUGGCGAGUACAUUCAGAUGGCCGGGCGUGCAGGCAGGCGCGGUCUGGAUGAGCAUGGGCUGGUCAUUAUCAUGAUGGAGAAGGGGAUAAAGCCCGAGGAAGCUAAAUCCAUAUUCAUGGGAAAGGCCAAUAGGUUGGACAGCUCGUUCCACUUGGGCUACAAUAUGCUGCUGAACCUCAUCCGCAUCGAAAACACCACGCCGGAGUUUCUGAUCGAACGGUCGUUCCUGCAGUUCCAGAGGGACACCAACGCAAGAAGCUACCAGAGGGAGCUCUUAGCCGUGAGGAAGGAAAUGGAGGAAAAGAAGGCGUUGCUGAGGCAUGAGGACCUGCUGGAACUCACAAACGUCCACGCAUUGCGCAAGGAAAUAGCCGACAAAAAGGACGCCGUCGGCCGCCUCGUCUCCAAAGAUUUGCGGAUGCUGAACUUCCUGAAUUUCGGCCGGCUGGUGAAGCUCGAGAAUGAGGGCCACGUCUGGGAAUGGGGCAUAGUGUUCGCGACGCCCAAGGUCAAGGUAAACAGGAGCACCUACGAAAAGCAGAAGUUCUACAUUGUGGACUGUUUGGUUCUGUGCGAUCGUGCAAGCGUCAGCGGGAACAAAAGGGAGGCGCCAUUGCCGACGUCAGAUGUCGCCGACGGCCUGUUCGUCGUAGUGCCGUUCUCGAUAGACUGCGUCAAGGAAAUAAGCCAAAUAAGGAUGCAGGUGCAGCAGGACUUCAGGGUCAACAGCGAACUUUCCCAAAUGCACAUGCGAGCGAAAUACACACAGCUCCUGGAGUACCUGAAGACACUGCCGUCGGUGCCGAUGUUGGACCCCGUGGAACACAUCAAAAUCGACACCCCCGAGAUGAAGGGGCUGCUCAGCCAAAUCACCGACCUCGAAAAACGUCUGAGUGGCUGCAAGGUGCUCGCCAGCGGCGACUAUGAAACGAAGUACAAUCUGUUCAUGGACUACGUUAAGAGCCAAACCAAGGAAAGGGAAGUGCUGCGCCAGAUCGAGAUGUCCAAUCAAAUCGUCAUGAAGGAGGAUUUGCGACACAUGAAGGCGGUGCUGAAAGAGCUCAACUAUGUUGAUGAAAACGGCGUCGUCACGAUAAAGGGUAACGUCGCGUGCGAAAUUAACGCAACAGACGAGCUGGUUGUAGCGGAAAUGUUUUUGCGAAACUUUUUCGAAAACAUGGAGCCCGAGUACAUCUGUGCCUCCCUUAGCUGUCUCGUCGUUGACGAAAAGAAGGAGGACAAGCUGCCGAGCGAUCUAAAGCUUGUGGAAGCAUUCAAGAAGAUUCAGGAAAUAGCUCGUGAAAUCGCGACAGUAAUGGCAGCAAAGCAUCUGGAUGUGAACGUCGAGGAUUUCGUAAAGAAAUUCAAGCCGGCUAUGAUGACGGUGGUCCUCAGGUGGGCGAAGGGGCACUCGUUCACCGAGGUGAUGGCGGAAUCGAACCUGUUCGAGGGUUCAGUCAUCCGAUGCGUGAGGCGUCUGGAGGAGCUGCUGAGGCAGCUGGCAUGUACUUCGCGUAACAUAGGCAACCUGCAGAUGGAGCAGACGUUCGUGACGUGCAUCAAGAAAUUAAAGAAAGGCAUCAUUUUCACGUCGUCACUAUAUUUGUAA